AUGCCUCAUGGUCCUAGUAAUGGGGAGACUGCCCCGUCAUUCCAGGUCCCACGUAACCCUAUCCUAUCUAUCGAGCAUCCAUGCAUCGUCAAAAAUGUGGAAAAGGCUGUCGACAUGCUCGGGGGUCCUGCAGAGAUCGUACAGAGUCUGGAGUCAGGAUUGGAGAAGCCGCUGGGGCUCAAAUUUCAACCCGAGGGUCCAAGCAGUCGUGCAGUGCUGUCUUACAACAAGCCAACCAAUAAUGUGCUGCUCAAAGUGACUGUUCCGAAACGAACAGGCAGGAAAAGGAGGCGAGGCUUUGAUGAACAGUUCUCUGAAGAUUCUGGAGAGUCACGCCCACGGAAAGACGUCAAACACCUCCUCCGUUCCCUGACUGACAAUCGCGAACGCUGUGAGGUCGAGGUCGUGGGCCAGAUUGGCUCUACACACGUUUGGCGCGCCAUGCCCGAUUUCACUUAUUCGUCUAAAGGGUCUUCAUUUCUGGGCGAGGUACAGUCCGAACUUCUUCCUCAGCAGUACCCGUUGCUCAAGCAAUGGUCUUUUCCUGGGUCUUCUCCCAAAGAAGAUACAGAGGUUGUUCCUCCUCCAGUGCUUUCCACCCAGAACCUCCCGGCCAACUUCACAUAUUGCCAAGAAACAGCCGCGGACUCCAUGGUUGAGCAACCCUCAGCAAACCGAAUGACGGAUGAGACUGUCCAGCAUUCCACCAGUUAA